AUGACCAAAGGUUGUUACACUUGUCGGCGACGUCGCAUAAUUUGCGAUAAUGGCCAACCCACCUGCCGAAAGUGUCGAGAUGCGGGGAAAGAAUGCCUGGGUUAUCAGAAGCCGCUUGUAUGGGUCAAGGGUGGCGUGGCCAGUCGAGGCAAGAUGAUGGGUCGCAGCUUCGACGAUUUCAAAAAACCAGAAGGCAAUACAGAAGCAAGGAAGGUUGGGAGAGAUUACACGCCCACAGCCAGCAACACUGGCGGGGGCUUUGGCUUCAUCACGAUUGCCGAAGCAUCCUCCUCCUCUGCAAAUAGCUCACCGAGCGCUGGCACCUACACAAGCCCCGAAUCCGAUGAAUAUGCACAAGAAUCGACAGAAGACAAUAUGGGACACUCCACUACCGUGCGCUCGGGACUCUCAGAAUUGGCAUCAUCGAAGAAUACGGACAAUCGGUUGGUCCAGAUGCCCGGGAAUGGCUCUUUCUCGAGUUACAAUUCUGCGCCAUGGGGGCUGAUUGAUCCAUUGCUGAAAGACAUGAGUCAAGCCUCACGAUUUUAUAUACAUCAUUAUAAUCAAAACAUGGCACACGACUUCGUGGUAUACCGUCAAUCCAAAAACCCGUGGCGCAACAUCAUUCCCCUGGUCGGCGAGUCUCCACUUCUUGCACAUGCACUCUGUGCCAUGAGUGCUGUUCAUUACUCCCUCAUGUUGGACUCUGACUCGUCGCAAAUGCCUUGGUCAUCCAACAACCCUCUGACAAGGAAAGGUACACCUUUGUCACCUCAUGAUUUGCAAGCACUUGUCUUUCCAGCAAGUCAACGAAGGUCAUCGUCUCAGGCAUUCCAGCACUUUCUGGAAUUCAAACAACGGACGCUUCAUCAACUGUCCAAAGACUUGAGGAACCCCGUGAUGCAGAGAGACGAUCGAACCCUUGCUGCGAUUGUAGUUCUCGCUUUGGUGGAUGUCUUCGAGUCCGGGAGUGGAGCAUGGAGCUAUCACAUCGAAGGAGCCAAAAAGCUUCUGAGAGAUCGGCCGGAGAAUCAUCCAGGGCAAAGGAUUCUAGACGAUCUUGAAACCUUUGCGAUCGAUGGCUGUCUGAUUAUGGAGAUCAUGGGCUCAACCCUCGCCCGCCCUGGAGCCCUGUCGAAACCCUUCUUCUCCGCCGCCAUGGGUCCCGCAAUGCUAAAACGUCUCGAGGAAACAUCAUGGGUUGGCUGCCCAGCCUACCUCUUGGAAGUCAUCUUUUUCAUUCACACCCUCUGGUAUUCCGACUCCGAAGCCACGCUUGCCACACCACAACCGACCGCUCUGUCAGCCCUCAUGCAUCCCGGCCAACCUCUCACUCUAGACUCCUAUCUCGCUCUCCUCCAAGGCAUCCGCGAAUUUGACCCAGUGGCCUGGGCCUAUCACAUGCAAUCCUCCCACUUUCUUCCCGACCUAUCCACCCGCAUCGCCCUGGGCAAAUCGUACCAAAACGCAGUCUAUCUGUAUACUAGCCGCGUUUUGAAUCGAGCUCGAGCCGGCUACACCCCUCCCUGGGCGGACGUUGGCCUCCCUGCGGACCACGCCGCCACAGCAAGCGCCCUGCUUGAACACAUUUGCUCCGUGCCUCACUCUGACCCGCACUUCAAAUGCCUCAUCUGGCCUACUUUCAUCGCCGGUGCAGAGUGCCGUCGUCCCUCGCAAAGACCUCUCAUCUUGGAAAAACUGGGGGCGCUGUAUCACACCGUGACGAGCGUCAAUGUGCAAAACGCAGCUUGGGUCCUGCGUCUAAUGUGGGAAAAGCACGAUCAGCGCCGGGAGCAAAAGAGCGACAUGUCUUCUUACACGGACACAACAACCGAGCCGCCAGAAACACUCGACGCACUUCCCGAUCAUUCUCGAGCCGAAACUUACGACGAAUGCGAUGAUACGUUCGACUGGGUUGAUGAGUUGGACGAGUCUCGUCUGGACUGGCUGUUCAUCUAA